AAAACAUAUAACGUAAUUGAAUCAUAUAUAUAUAAAUAUCGUAAAAAUACGACUACAGUAUGUGAAAAUGGAAUGGGAUGGUUAUAUAUAUAUAUAUAUAUAUAUGCGUUUUUAAUACAUGCACCGAACCGUUUCUUCUUCUCUUCCUUGUCUAGUUGUCUUCUCUCCUGUGGAAGCUGCAUUUAUUAAGAACACUUUAGAAAGUGUUUAUUAGCCCCCAAAGGAAUGUUUUUGGUUGAGAGGAGAGAGGGAAGAAGAGGAAGAAGAAGAAAUUGUUAAUUUGAAGACUGUUUGAGGGAGAGACACCUAUAUAAACCCAAAUUUAUAAAAUAUAACUGCAGGAGAAGCUCCAUUAGAGACACUCUUCAAGCUUCGAUUGAUUCUCAUCUAACUAUGGAGGGAUUAGUGAGAUUUGGGGGAAUAGAAGAACAGUUUGCUCAGACAUCAGAAACUGAAAUUGACGAGAAGAUCCCAUUUCUGCAAAUGCUUCAAUGCAUAGAACCAACUUUUAGUACUUCAGAACCAAAUGAGAUUCUCCAUUCACUUCUCCAGAUACAAACCCUAGAACCAGAGAGCUGUCUCACCCUUGAAACCGUCAAAAGAGAUCCGGGUCAAACAGAUGACCCGGUAAAAGAUCCGAAAACAGAAAACGGAGCAGCAACGGUCAAAGAAAAACGGAAACGGAAACGGACGAGAGCUCCAAAGAACAAAGAUGAAGUUGAGAAGCAAAGGAUGACUCACAUUGCCGUCGAGCGUAACCGGAGACGACAAAUGAACCAACACUUAAACUCUCUCCGAUCACUCAUGCCUCCUUCGUUUCUUCAACGGGGUGACCAAGCUUCGAUUGUAGGAGGAGCUAUAGAUUUCAUCAAGGAACUGGAGCAACUGGUGCAAUCUCUAGAGGCUGAGAAACAGAACGAAGGAACAAGCGAAAAUCAGAAAACGGCGUCGUCUUCUUCCUCUUCGUCUCGUGCAUGCAACAACUCUUCUGUUUCGAGCGUCUCGACGACGUUAGAAGAUAGUUUCACGGCGAGAUUUGGCGGCGGAGAGACGGCGGAGGUGGAAGCUACGGUGAUACAGAAUCAUGUGAGCUUGAAGGUUCGGUGUAAGAGAGGGAAAGGACAGAUAUUGAGAGCUAUUGUCUCCAUUGAAGACCUAAACCUCUCGGUUCUGCAUCUCACUAUCUCUUCUUCCUUUGACUUUGUCCUCUACUCUUUCAAUCUCAAGAUAGAAGAUGGGUGUAAAGUCAGAACAGCUGAUGAGAUAGCAACAGCCGUUCAUCAUAUCUUUGAGCAAAUCAACGGUGAAAUGAUGUGGUCAAAUCUUAGUUGACUUUUUGACUCUUUUCUUUCUAGUAAUGUGUGUAACUUUAGGUUACAAGAAGGAAAGUAAAAUAAAUAAAAGGUGAGAUUUUUUUUUUGAGGGAUUUUAAUCAGUAGCUUUUAGAUUAAUCGCAGGAUUUUACAAUUACAAAAAUUAUAUAGCCCACUUGAAGGUUUAUUUUGCUUAUCUCCUGUAUUACUUCUUGUGUAGUAAAUGUUGAGAAAUUGACUUCAAUCGUCCGUAUUCAAAUGGUUACGGAAAUGGAAACAAAUACAAUUAAAGCUGAAACAUCAUUACAAAGAAGAAGUCGACUUCACACUUUCGCAUUCUCUUAGUAAGAUUUUAUUUUGGUAUAUUAUUAUUAUAUCGUCCAUGCGUCUGACAAUCCUACGCUCGA